AUGCCUUAUCUACACAAAACCACGCCGAGCACCGAUAUCUACGGCCCUGGGACUUUCAUGGAUAUGGACUUUACUCCAGCUUCCCAGGAUGCUGCUCGGAUUUUUGAGUAUAUUGCAAAGAAAACGCCUGGGUUCACUCAAGACAAAGAGCUUUGGGAUACAGUCAAGUUUGAGGGCAGCGAGCUACCAAUCAUUCCUGGCCCAAUCAAGGCCCCUCUCAUUGCAGCUGCCCUACAUGCCAUGUGUGGAGUUGUGGCCCAUGAGAUUGUCGAAGAUCGGGACGGCACAUUGGCGCGUACCCAUCAGGUUACUGUCAACACCGAUCAUGCUGGUAUUUGGUUGGGAACGAUAUUUGCGGCUUCCGUGGAAGGGAAAGACUUAUCCGGUCUGGUCAAGUCGCGUCAGCUGUCAUCUCUUUUUCAGCAGGACUUCGACCGAGGCUGUAUGGCCACACCGAUAAAACAACGAUGUACUGCUAUCUACAAGACAAAGACUCCAGGCGUUUGGUAUCAACUUCACGGUUCCCUCGAUCCUAUUCCGGUCCUCCAAUCGAUGGGAAUCGAUCCUGAUUACCCUGCCAAGACCUUAGAUGAAGCCUAUGACUACAUCAGCCGGCAUGUGGAGCAAUGGACCGCAGACGAGUUGGAAAUGCACAACGUCAAGAACGGCUACUGCGGCAGCAUCUGCUUUACCCCCCAAGGCUGGUCAGACACGCUGAUGGGAAGGAGGCUUGCAGAUCACCCACUAGUCGGCUACUCCCGACAGUCGCAUGCAAUUCCGACUCCUCCAACCCCCUUGCCCAAGAUCGCAAACGAUAGCCGGCCUCUAGCAGGUGUCAAAGUGAUUGAGCUGGUUCGCAUUAUUGCCGGUCCUGUAAUUGGCAACACUCUCGCCGCUUUCGGUGCCGAUGUCAUACGCGUGAACUGCAGCCGAUUAACAGACCUUGGUGCUUUGCAGCUUACCCUGAACACAGGGAAACGUACUAUUGAUAUUGAUCUGAGCAAGGACGAAGAUAAGUCACGAUUACGGGAACUCAUUGAGGAUGCCGAUGUUUUUGUUCAGGGCUUCCGCCCUAAUGCGAUCGCAAGAAAGGGCUUUGGCGUCAACGAUCUCCUCGAGAUGGCCGGCAACCGUGGGAAGGGCAUAGUUUAUGUCGAGGAGAACUGUUACGGCCCUGAUGGGCCAUACCAUGAAAGACCCGGCUGGCAGCAGAUUGGGGAUGCAGCCUCGGGAUCGUCCUACGUGAUGGGCCGGUCUUUAGGCUUCAAGGAUGGUACCAGCGUUCUUCCACCGCUUCCAAUAUCCGAUAUGACCACUGGUCUUGUGGGUGCUUUGGGGGCUAUUAUGGCCCUCCGGGAUCGGGCUCGACUAGGCGGCUCAUAUCGGGUGACAAGCUCUUUGGUGAAGGCCGACGCAAUUGCACUCGAGCCCGAGAUCGGUCUUUACUCACCGGAGGUUGUUGAACAGAGCAAUGAGUUGUUUAAAUGGGGCCCCAUAAACUCUUCCCAGUUUGUGAUAGAGAUCCUUCUCGUCGUCAUGGAUGGAUGGAAGAGGGUAUUCCCGCAAUACUUUGAAUCCGGAACUGAAUCGCUCAUGACCAGUUUCCAAGAUGGGCCAUGGGGCCAUAUGGACACCCUGAAGCCUGUGGUCCAGUUGAGCAAUUUGACCAUGACACCUCGCUGGUUGACACCUUCGGUUCCCCAUUGUUAUCAUCCUCAAAACAUACAAUGGAUGUAG